AUGGAGGAGGCAGAUCCCCACCCCGCGCUGUCUCCACCCAUCUCCCCCCUCUCCCCACUGCAGGUCGAUCCAGUGACAGACACAGCCCUGGCCCUGAGGGGACCCUGCCCCUGGCUCUUCCUGACCCCUGUCCUGCUGGCCGCCGGCCUGGCCCAUUUCAGACCACGUAACACCUACGAGCGGUUCCUGAGAGAACAUGUUGAUUUCCCCAAGACCAGCGCCACCAAUGGCCAUUGCUACGGCAACCUCCUGCUGUGGCACCAGAACCUGACUGGCUCUUUCUGCCACAAAAAUGUCCGGGAAGGCCGCCCCUCCCUUCACUCGGUGGUCCUGCUCAUAUCAGCCAGCUGCAGCCUCAUCUCCCGGAACUCGGCCAGCUGUCGCUUGAUCCGGUCGUACAGUCACACGCUGACUGGCUCCCCUGUCUGGAUGCUCAUGUGGAAAUCCCACAGGCGAUGCUGCAGGACUUGGCACCGCCGCAGCGUCACAUCCCAUCCUUCCAGGGACCAGGGAAGGGAAAUGGCUGCCGUGGACCUGGCUCAGGGGCCGGUGACUUUCGAGGAGGUGGCUGUGUAUUUCACCGAGGAAGAGUGGGCUCUGCUGGACCCCGCUCAGAGAGUCCUCUAUGGAGACGUUAUGCAGGAGAACUAUGAGAAUGUGACCUCGCUGGGGUUUCCAGUUUCCAAACCCGAGUUCAUCUCCCAGCUGGAACGAGGGGAAGAGCCGUGGGCCCCAGAUCUCCAGGGCUCAGAGGAAAGAGAGAUCCUGCGAGGCGGCGGCAUGGGUGAGGGGAUGGUGAGAGAGACCAUGGAGCAGAAUCCUCAGCAGGAAGAUGAGCAAGUGGAACGACAGGGGGCAUUAUUGCAAAGAUGCACAGGGAGUGUGUCCAGGAGUUGUGAGCAGGGAAAAGGCUCUCAGGGGCAGCACGGGCCAGAGAAGCAGCAGGGAAACCAGCCAGCACAGAAAGUUGGAAUAUCUGUUAAUUGUCAGGGAACUUGCAAAGGCCUCAAGGAAACCACGGCCCAGCAGAGAAUCCUUAUGGGAGAGAGAAAUAACAUGGACUUUGACUGUGGGAAAAAGUGCAGGAGGCGCUCACACUUUACUAGACAUCAGUGGAUCCACACAGGAGAGAAACCCUAUAAAUGCUGUGAGUGCGGGAAAACCUUCACUCGGAGCUCAAACCUUAUUCGCCAUCAGAGAAUCCACACAGGGGAGAAACCGUAUAAAUGCUGUGAGUGCAGGAAAACCUUCACUCGGAGCUCAACCCUUAUUGCACAUCAGAGGAUCCACAGAGGAGACAAACCCUAUGAAUGCUGUGAGUGCAGGAAAACCUUCACUCAGAGCUCAACCCUUAUUCUCCAUCAGAGAAUCCACACAGGAGAGAAACCCUAUGAAUGCUGUGAGUGCGGGAAAACCUUCACUCGGAGCUCAAACCUUAUUCGCCAUCAGAGAAUCCACACAGGGGAGAAACCGUAUAAAUGCUGUGAGUGCAGGAAAACCUUCACUCGGAGCUCAACCCUUAUUGCACAUCAGAGGAUCCACAGAGGAGACAAACCCUAUGAAUGCUGUGAGUGCAGGAAAACCUUCACUCAGAGCUCAACCCUUAUUGCACAUCAGAGGAUCCACAGAGGAGACAAACCCUAUGAAUGCUGUGAGUGCAGGAAAACCUUCACUCAGAGCUCAACCCUUAUUCUCCAUCAGAGAAUCCACACAGGGGAGAAACCCUAUAAAUGCUGUGAGUGCGGGAAAACCUUCACUCGGAGCUCAAACCUUAUUGCACAUCAGAGGAUCCACAGAGGAGACAAACCCUAUGAAUGCUGUGAGUGCAGGAAAACCUUCACUCGGAGCUCAACCCUUAUUGCACAUCAGAGGAUCCACAGAGGAGACAAACCCUAUGAAUGCUGUGAGUGCAGGAAAACCUUCACUCAGAGCUCAAACCUUAUUGCACAUCAGAGCAUCCACAGAGGAGACAAACCCUAUGAAUGCUGUGAGUGCGGGAAAACCUUCACUCAGAGCUCAACCCUUAUUCGCCAUCAGAGGAUCCACAGAGGAGACAAACUCUAUGAAUGCUGUGAGUGCGGGAAAACCUUCACUCAGAGCUCAACCCUUAUUCGCCAUCAGAGGAUCCACAGAGGAGACAAACCCUAUGAAUGCUGUGAGUGCGGGAAAACCUUCACUCAGAGCUCAACCCUUAUUCGCCAUCAGAGGAUCCACAGAGGAGACAAACCCUAUGAAUGCUGUGAGUGCGGGAAAACCUUCACUCAGAGCUCAAACCUUAUUGCACAUCAGAGGAUCCACAGAGGAGACAAACCCUAUGAAUGCUGUGAGUGCGGGAAAACCUUCACUCGGAGCUCAAACCUUAUUGCACAUCAGAGGAUCCACAGAGGAGACAAACCCUAUGAAUGCUGUGAGUGCAGGAAAACCUUCACUCGGAGCUCAACCCUUAUUGCACAUCAGAGGAUCCACAGAGGAGACAAACCCUAUGAAUGCUGUGAGUGCGGGAAAACCUUCACUCGGAGCUCAACCCUUAUUGCACAUCAGAGGAUCCACAGAGGAGACAAACCCUAUGAAUGCUGUGAGUGCGGGAAAACCUUCACUCGGAGCUCAACCCUUAUUCGCCAUCAGAGGAUCCACAGAGGAGACAAACCCUAUGAAUGCUGUGAGUGCGGGAAAACCUUCACUCAGAGCUCAAACCUUAUUGCACAUCAGAGGAUCCACAGAGGAGACAAACCCUAUGAAUGCUGUGAGUGCGGGAAAACCUUCACUCGGAGCUCUUCUCUUAUUUAUCACCAGAGAAGCUGCAAGGGAGAUAAACACCAUGAAAAUCUUGUCUAG